GAGCCUCAUGUGAGACAUGGACUGUGUCCAAUCUGAUUGGUUUCUAUCUAUCCUGAACCUAUUGCACUGCUUGGCACAUAGGAAGCGCUUAACAGACCCCAUCAGAAAAAAAAAGGGGGUAGUAGAAGGAUGGGACAGGUGCCAUGCUGGCCUGAGAACCCUGGGAAGGAAGGUUAAUUUCAGGCCCCCGUGUCUCCACCUCCCUUCUUGGAUCCUCCCCCGGCCAGCGUGUUGGGUCACUGUUGCCUUGGCCGCGAGGGUCCUGCAGGGAACGGCCUCCCCAGAUCCUCCUCCUCCAAAUUCUCUGCCGACCAGCAGAAGCCAUGACCGACCAGGAUUGUCCCAGACAAGCGAACUUGUCCCUGGGAGGCUGAAUAGGCUGGGAACGGGAGGGUUGGAGUUAAGGGAGGUAUCCCACCUUGGCCCAGCCCACCUUCCUGCCAACUGGGCCCAAGUGGGACAGAGACUCUUGUGCCCUUGGCUGGGAGAUGGGGUUUGGUGACCGGGCAAGAGGUCCCGCCCCCAGUCCACCCCUUCCCCGCACGAUUCGCCCUCCCUCUCCCCGCCCAGGGCGGACGGGCAGCGGGAAGACGACGUUCAUCAGCGAGUACUCCUUGGACCUGUGCAUGCAGGGCGUGAGCACACUGUGGGGCAGCUUCGAGAUCGGCAGCGAGCGGCUGGCCCAGGUCAUGCUCACCCAGUUCUCCCACGGGCGGCUGGAGGAGGAGCCGGAGCGGGACAUCGCGUGGGCUGACCGGUUUGAGGACCUGCCUCUCUACUUCACGACCUUACACGGACAGCAGAACAUCAAGACUGUAAUAGACACAAUGCUCUACGCCGUCUACACGUAUGACAUCUGCCACGUCGUCAUUGAUGGGACAAGGGAGAUGGUGAUGGGACAAGGGCAGCGGUCAACAGACAGGCUCACAGCUCAGGACGCCAUCAUUUGGGCAUUCCGAAGAUUCGCCACCGACAGCGGCUGCCAUGUGACUGUGGUCAUCCCCCCUGAUGAUGAGGACGACGACAGAGAGCUGCAGACAGCGUCCAUCUUUGGGGCGGCCCAGGUGGCAGAUAACGUCCUCAUCCUCCAGGACAGGAAGCUGGUGACUGGACCGAGCAAACGCUUCCUGCAAGUGGCCAAGAAUCGCUUUGAUGGGGAUGUGGGCACCUUCCCGUUGGAGUUCAGUAAGACCACGCUGACCUUCUCGCCCUCAACCCAGAAUGAGGCUUUGGCAUAAGAAGGACAGCGACCAUCUGGCCUCCCCAAGGUCCCCGGCGAACAGUAAGGAGGAGACCUUGAAAAGCCAUGAGGUCAACUGUUCCUGUA